CACGUUCGUUGGCGAUACCCUCGUUAACCAGCAGCGAUCGCAAACGCAAGGUAGAAACGAAGAGAAAUGGCAACCACCAAGAGCUACCUGUUCGCUGUUUUAAUUACAGCCUACUUGACAGCAUCAAACGCUGCUCGAAGCUGCGGCAACUAUAGUAAUCUGUGUUCGGGCAACAGAGGAAAGCACACUUUAUGUUUGUACCCGAACCCAGCACCGGCGAGCACGUGUGUCUCGGUGUUAAGUGCAGGACUCACUCAGGCUGAGAAGGAUGAGAUCGUUGACAAGCAUAACGAACUCAGGCAACGCGUGGCCAGUGGUCAAGAGAAAAGAGGAUCUCCAGGACCACAACCUGCAGCAACGAACAUGCAGAAUGUGUCUUGGGACGACGAAUUGGCCGAGAUAGCCCAGAGAUGGGCCAACCAAUGCGAAUUCGGACACGAUACUUGCAGAGAUGUGGCUCGAUUCAGCGUUGGACAGAACGUGGGGAUAACGAUGACCACUGGAACUCAAACCACGAAGCCGUCAGACAUAGUCGUGUCGUGGUACAACGAAGUGGAGAUGGUGGACAGGAAUUUGGUGACCAGAUUCACGAAUGUGAACACGAACAUUGGAGCCAUCGGUCACUAUACUCAACUGGUUUGGGCGAAUACGAACAAAAUCGGUUGUGGUAAGGUCGUUUUCAAGAAAGAUGGAUGGACCAGUUAUUACUUGGUGUGCAACUACGGUCCAGCCGGGAACGUGAUAGGUGAGCCGAUCUACCAAGUGAGAAACUAACGGAAAAGAAUUUCAUCUAACACGAAUCUAACAAUAAACAACGGUAAAUAUAAUCCUCUGCUUGGUGGAUAAGAUAUUUGGCUCGAGUUUCCAGGAAGCUAUCAAAUAAAAUGUCGAACGAGGCCACCGCGGUGCCUCCGUAACUUUUACUUUUAA